AUCAGCCGGAGGAGGGGCCUCCCCGCGAGUUUCUUGGCCGGGUGCAUCACUUCCCGGCGCUGCCAUCCUGCGCUGCCCGGUGCCGGGGCCGCUGCCCAUGGCGAGUCCGCGCGGCGGGGACAGCCCCGGCACCGCCCGCCGCAGCGGGGCCAGAAUGGAGGCAUCCUGCUUGGAACUGGCCCUGGAAGGAGAGCGCUUGUGCAAGGCUGGGGACUUCAAAGCUGGGGCAGCCUUCUUCGAAGCAGCGGUGCAGGUGGGGACAGAGGACCUGAAGACUCUCAGUGCCAUCUACAGUCAGCUAGGCAAUGCCUAUUUCUACUUAAAGGAGUACUCCAAGGCCCUGGAGUACCAUAAACAUGACCUUACCCUGGCCAGAACCAUUGGGGACCGCAUCGGAGAAGCCAAGGCAAGUGGCAACCUUGGGAAUACAUUGAAAAUACUUGGGCAGUUUGAUGAAGCUGUUGUUUGUUGCCAGAGGCACCUGGAUAUCUCUCAGGAGCAGGGAGACAAGGUAGGUGAAGCCAGAGCCCUCUAUAAUAUAGGAAAUGUUUACCAUGCAAAGGGAAAGCACUUAUCUUGGAACAUGGCCCAAGACCCAGGCUACCUGUCUCAAGAAGUCAAGGAGACGCUACAGAAAGCUUCAGAAUAUUAUGAGAGGAACCUGUCCCUAGUGAAGGAGCUGGGGGACAGAGCUGCCCAGGGCCGUGCUUAUGGCAACCUCGGCAACACCCAAUACUUACUUGGCAACUUCAAUGAAGCUAUAGCCUUCCACAAGGAGCGCCUUGCUAUUGCUAAGGAGUUUGGGGACAAGGCAGCCGAGCGGAGAGCGUACAGCAACCUGGGCAAUGCGCACAUCUUCCUUGGGAGGUUUGACAUCUCUGCUGAGUACUACAAGAAAACGCUCCAGCUCUCCAGACAACUCAAAGACCAAGCAGUAGAAGCCCAGGCUUGCUACAGUCUUGGGAACACAUACACGCUGCUUCAAGACUAUGAAAGAGCGAUCGAGUACCAUCUAAAACACCUGGUCAUAGCACAGGAGCUGGGAGACAGGGUGGGAGAAGGAAGAGCCUGCUGGAGUCUUGGAAAUGCCUAUAUCUCCCUGGGGAGCCAUGAGCAAGCCUUGCACUUUGCAAGGAAACAUCUUGAAAUCUCCCAAGAGAUCGGAGACCGGAACGGGGAGCUGACAGCACAGGUGAACAUGGCCCAGCUCAAGUCAGCCCUCGGCUUGGGCCCUGGGGACGAGGACGUGGGCUUGGCUCACCACUGCUCUGGCUAUGAAGCACAAGGAGCCAGGCCAAAGAGACUCCAAAGGAACGGCAUGGACAGCUUAGACCUCCUGAAGUUCCCUUCUGAAAAGGACCAGAAUGGGGACAACCAUCACGUGGGAGACCUGAAGAUCUCUGGAAAAGAGUUCUUGUCGUUACCUGCAAGGUCAAAGAAAUACCGGGAGCACCAAUCCAGUUCGGAGAGGAAGUCUCAGGGGUCAAGUACAUUGCCACUGGAUACCAGUGAAGUCCGAGUCCAGGUGUCACAAUCGAAAAUCAACCGGACCCCUUCGGAUGAGGAAUGCUUCUUUGACCUGCUGAGCAAGUUCCAGAGCAACCGGAUGGAUGAUCAGCGCUGCCCGUUGGAAGAAUGCCCAUCAGAGGCUGCAGAGGCAGCUGCCACGCCGGUCCCUGCCCUGGAAGAAAGGAUAUCACAGUCCUCCUUGAUGGCAUCGCCGCAGACGGAAGAGUUCUUCGAUCUCAUCGCCAGCUCCCAGAGCAGACGGCUGGAUGACCAGCGUGCCAACGUGGGCAACCUGCCAGGCCUCCGGAUAACGCAAAACAACCUGGGGCACCUGCGUGUGGAGGGGGACGCCCAGGAGCCCGGGGACGAGUUCUUCAACAUGCUCAUGAAGUGUCAGUCCUCCAGGAUCGACGACCAGCGCUGUGCACCACCAGACUCCAUCCCCCGUGGCCCCACCAUGCCGGACGAAGACUUCUUCAGCCUCAUCCAGCGCGUCCAGGCCAAACGCAUGGACGAACAGCGGGUAGAUUUGGCCACAGCCCAGGAGGAGGCAGCAGAGGAGCAGCAGAGGCCUGGUUCCAGCUAAGAACUGGGGGUUGGUUUGGGGGGGUUAUUUUGGUUUCAUUUGUUUUUUAAAAAGAAAGUAAGUGUAAGUGGGUGCAAACCUGAGCGCUCUUGCGCUUCCACAGACUUCUCCCAGGAGCUGCAGCGCUGUUGCACUGCACCUGGCUGCUCCGCAGCGGCAGUGUUACAGGAAAGCCCUCCAGCUGGGGGUGGUUUUUAAACAAGGGGGGUUUUUUUGGCCACUGUAACACUGAGCACAGCUGAAGGGACGAUGACUUCAGCAGCCCCUUUGCUUAUCACCUAAAAAUCUGGGAACUUGUGCUGUCAGCCAAAGGAAGAGCCCAGAGCGGGUACCCGACCCCAGCCUU